AUGAAUCUUCCUAAUUUGAUCACAGAGACUGGUCUCUUCUGUCAAGCGUUCUUCGGCUUGACCGCUACUUUCUGUAUCUUGCUAUCCGCUAUACCAGGGCCCUUUCUUGCCAAAUUCACCAACGCGUGGAGGCUGGUCGAUGUAGCCAAGGGACGAGCCCAUGAGACGCACUGGGCAUUACAUACAAGACAUGGGCAGUAUGUGCGCCUUGGCCCCACCGUUGUCAGCGUGCAGAACUUGGAAGUACUCAAGACUGUUUACAGUAUCAAGAAAAGUUACAGAAAGAGUGCCUACUAUCGAGUCGCACAGCAGAUGGCGGAGGGAAGACUAGCGCCUACAUUGUUUUCGACAAUGGAUGAAGAACAUCACUCUUCUAUCAAACGACCAGUCUCUGCCACCUAUGCAAUGAGUAAUGUGCUAGCAUUUGAGAAAGGUGUUGACGACACCAUCAAAACGCUGCUCGGUAGGCUGGAUAAAUUCGCCUCGGCCCAGCAAGUCUGCGAUAUUGGGAAAUGGCUGCAAUUUUACGCAUUUGACGUCAUUGGGAAGGUCACGUUUGGAAAGCCCUUGGGCUUUCUAAGUGAAGCAAGAGAUGUGGAUUACAUUAUGGAAUCCCUCAUUAAAGCUCAGAACUACGUUGCUGUGAUUGGCCAAAUCCCUUGUCUCGAUUACUUGCUUCUCAAAAACCCUCUGACGAGGUUCUUCGGAGGCGGCACAGGAGCAAUCGCCAGCUUUGCAAUAAAGUGCCUCCAAGAGCGACUCGCCAAGGAUCCCACUCAUGACGAAGUCAUGACCGACGACUUUCUCCGCCGCUUCUUAGCUGCUAAACAAAAACAUCCUGCUAUCGUCACCGACCGUCAGGUAUUUCAGUACACAUUGAGCAACGUCACGGCAGGCUCAGAUACUACCGCCAUCGCGCUUCGAUCAAUCCUGUACUUUUUACUGAAGAAUCCUCAUUGCAUGGCCCUCCUUCAGAAAGAACUGCUCAACGCCCGGAGGAGGGGAAAUCUAUCUCUGCCGGUCAAAUGGAAAGAGAGCCAGCUGUUGCCAUAUCUCAGUGCGGUGGUCAAGGAGGCCUUCCGCCUCCACCCGCCUGUGGGAUUACUGCUGGAACGCGUUGUUCCAGAGGAAGGUCUUCAGUUACCGGACGGUCCUUUUCUUCCGCCCGGAACGACUGUCGGCGUUAAUGCAUGGGUUGUGCACCGCCAUCCGGUAUUCGGCGAGAACCUAGAAUCGUUUGACCCCGAAAGGUGGCUCCAGAGAUUUGAGGAGUCUGCGGAAGACUUUAACACCAGAAGAUCUCUUAUGCUCAGUGCGUCUCUCACUUUCGGUGCUGGAACUCGGACUUGCAUUGGUAAAAGUAUCAGUCUGCUUGAGAUCUACAAGACUAUCCCAACACUUCUUCUCACGUAUGAGUUCGCGUUGAACAAAAAUACAAGAAAUUGGGAGACCUGGAAUUCUUUUUUUGUUAGGCAAUCGAACGUCAUGGUUAAGUUGAGGAAGCUUCAUGAAGAAUAUAUUGAGUAG